UCCGCUUUUUCCCUUGUUGUGUUUUCUGUCAUUUGCAUCGCCAUCUUGUUGCAACCCCUCUACGUGUUUGGACGACGUCUUACGAGGGGAUUCAAUUACGUUUCCACCCUUUGCACCAACGGGAGAAUAGCACUGUGCGAACGGCGAGUGAAAGGAGCGCUCCUUGUGAAAAUCUACACAUAUUUACUCGCAGAAACAACUUCUACCAUCGGCAGAAAAGGAAGAUGAGCAUCGAAACGCUUUUAGAAGCUGCCAAGUUUUUGGAAUGGCAAUCCCAGCAACAACAGAAAGCACGUGAGGAGAGCGAGCUGAAGGAGAAGUUGAGACUCGAACGGGAGGCUGAGCAGAAGCGCACCGAAGUCGUUUCCGCCCUGCAGCCUCCGCGGCUCAACCACGGGCAGUAUGGGGAGGAGCUACGUCCAGAGCCCCACUCCCUCCCAGUUACGCUUCGCCCCCCUCCGGUGUCCAUCGCGGUCAUACCCAUUCCCAUGAUGUCGGCUGGUCCGGUGGCCCCAGCCCCGCCCCUGGCUCCGCCUCCGCCUGGUGCCGCUCUGUCUCCUUCCGUCGUAUCCCGUCCCAGCCCCCCCAGGAAGGACGCCCCCUCCCCGCCAGCACAGCCGCCACAGCUCCCGCAGCGCCUCCUCUUAGCCUCGCAGUUGAAGGUUGAAGCUGUAUCUUCACCUCAGGCAGGAGCCCCCAAGCAGCAGCAGCAGCAGCAGCAGCAGCAGCAGGCUCCUCCCCCACUCGUCCAGCCAUACCCCGGCUCCAUCAUCACCGCAUCCCAGCAUGCUCUGCUCCCUCAGCCGGCCCCCCUGCCGGUCCAGCCCAACCCAGCGGUGCGGCUGAAUACCAUGGAGGACUCGCGUCACCCGGACGGAAAGAGGAGGCCGGGGGGGGCUGGGACCAGGGAGGUACAUAACAAGCUUGAGAAAAACAGACGUGCACACCUGAAGGAGUGCUUCGAGACUCUGAAGAAGAACAUCCCCAACGUGGACGAGAAGAAGACCUCGAACCUGAGCGUGCUGAGGAGCGCGCUGCGCUACAUCCAGACACUGAAGAGGAAGGAGAAGGAGUAUGAACAUGAGAUGGAGCGCCUGGCCCGGGAGAAGAUCGCCACACAGCAGCGGCUGGCGGAGCUGAAGAAUGAGCUUGGCCAGUGGAUGGACGUGAUGGAGGUGGAUCGCGUGCUGCGGCAGACCGUGCAGCCAGACGACGACCAGGCCUCCACCUCCACCGCCUCAGAGGGUGAAGAUAACAUCGACGAGGACAUGGAUGAGGGAAGCCUGUCGGCGCCCCCUAUGGCCCGGGCGGCUCCCGCCCCGCAGACUGAGCAGCGCAAACCUGCCACGGGCCCUCAGCCGAUCCUGACUCCGCACCUGUCUGUCCAGCACAAACCCCCGCAGCUGCUGGCCCAGCCGGCCCCCGCCCAGGCCAUGGUGGCCCCCCAGGCCAUCCCGCAGGGCCACCUGGCACAGGUCGCCGGCAUGCAGCCCACGGUGAUCACCCACGCCGCCGCAGCCCCCACUGCGCCUCACGCCUCUGUCAUCCAGGCCGUCAACCACGUCAUCCAACCCGGCCCCAAGCACGUGGCCCACAUAGCGCCCUCGCCCUCGAACCCGGUGUCCCUGGCACCCGCCGCUGCCCAGCCCAUCAGCCACAUCACGGUGACGCACCUUGGGCAGCCGCUGCCGGCCCUCUACCCGCAGCCCGUGGCCGUCAGCCAGCCCGCGGUGGUCAGCCACCUGGCGCACACGCUGUCACACGGCCAGGUUAAUGGCGGCGCCCCCCAGGGGGCCAUGGUGGGCAAGCAGGCUGCCAUGGGGGCGCAGGUGGUGACGCACCACCCGCAGCUGGUGGGCCAGACCGUACUGAACCCCGUAACCAUGGUGACCAUGCCCUCUUUCCCAGUGAGCACCCUGAAGCUGGCCUGAGGGGGGGCGUUGAGCGUAACGUUUGGACUGCUGACCGUGCCAGAAUCGCCACGGCGACCCGCAUCUCGAGGCGCUUGGCGUGUAUGCAGUGGCCGUGUACAUUCCAGAGAAUAUAUAUUUUAUCUAUUGGUAUAUAUAAAGAAUGAUGAUAUAUAUGUAAUGGCAGUCUGUGUGGGUAUAUGCUUUGGUCCAGCAUCUCGUCAUACAUGAUGAUCCUCUGUGUUUACAGUUUAUGGUGGGGGGGGUGGGGAAUCCUCAUAAAGGCAUCCAAUAUGGUGUGGGGGGGGGGGAUGCUCUGAUUGGUUGCUUUUUUUUUUGUCAUGUGAUGAGUUCGGGCAGCCAGCGGUGUCACACACAGACCUAUUGCCUGUGCCUUGAUAAAUGCUGUGUGGCACACAGGCGCCCUCUGCUGCGUGGGAAAUGCCACUACAACAGUCAAACAGCCUAGGGUCGCUAAUGCAGUCUGGGGUGGGGGGGGUGGUAAGUGCAGGGUUAUCUGUGUGAGGGAUUGUGGCGUACAGGUGGGGGAGAGGGCGCAUUCUCCCUGGGGCAGGUGCUAGUUUAAACUCUGCGCAGAAUGUCCCCUGCACGUCUGCCCCCACCCCCUGCGCAGGACAUCCGCUGGGCUGUGCACGCAUUUUUAAGUAGCACUUUCCAGUAUCGCUUGAAAGAGGGAGCCCGUCACGAGCGUGCUGCAGGGUCGCAUCUCCCAUGCGCAUCUGCGCUCCGGCAGCACUCUGGUUUCCGGUCCACUGUGUGUCGUCGUCGCCGCUUCAGCUAAAGGAGACCCUGCUGUUAUAUGAGCUUCAACUACAACCUGUAUCACUGUGACCUGUUGUCCACUGGCCCCGAGCAAGGGCCAGGAGAUCUGCAGCUGUAUAUAAUGCUCGUCCCGACGGUGUGAGCGACAAGCGAGGGCAGGACGGCGAGGGGAGGGAGAGGCUCUGUCAUUUUUAAGAUGUUCCUGAUGUGAUCUCAGUCUUGUGAUCUGUGGCUGUGUGAGGGCAGACUAAGCGCAUCUGCACAUUCACAUAAGUGUAUUUUAAGAUUUGAUUGUUGCCUGUUUUUGCAUGUAGAUUGCAGAUUCAAUUUUUUUUUCUGGGACCAUGUAUAGUACCGUCAUAGCAUGAGGGCAAUUUUACAGCGCUCUUUCCUCAUUGAUAUUAUAUAUAUAAUUGUGUGUUUUCCCUAUGGAGAAAGUUUAAGUUAUCGCCUGUAAAUUUUGGGCUAUAUUUAGAAUUAAUUGUCCAUGUUAAAAAAAAAAAAAAAAAUAUUGAAGAUUCUUAAUAAAUCUUAAUACAUUUAUAGUGA